AGGCGGGGGCUGAUACGGCGCGAUAAGUCCUCCGUUCAAUCUUUCGACACACGCGUUUCAGUCGGCACAUCCGCUAUGUCAGGGGUUGUGACCUACACUUUGAUCGUAAGCAGGCGUAAAUGGGCGUAAGACUGUGCUGCCCUGCUCUCCGUAUCCGGGCUCCGGACCGGAAGUUCAAACGGAGAGCGUUGCUGCGCUUUCCCCAAAUUCCGACGCGCUCGUCGACGACCACCGGCUCAGUGCCCAGACGCGCUCUCCAUGCCGCGGCCUUUCUACGAGCAACUUCAGUGCUUAGCCUCGUGGUUGAUAUCGGUCGAUCAGCGGAGAUGAAGCCCCAUGUUAGCCAGAUGGAUCGCUCACUCCCUACUCCGCAUGGCGAGCUCUCUUGCCGCCGAGCCGCCGCCUAGCGAGGACAGCACAAGUAGGAGAUCAAAUCGGGGGUUGUAUACUUCAGGGUCCACGGCUACAGCAUCGAAUCAAGACCUAGCCCUUGGAGGAUAGAAGCUGUCGCCUGCCCUCGAGAUGCCCUC